CCCAAUUGGCCCCUGCUUCUACCCCCUGACCUCCCCACCUAUCAGGGAGGUAGGCCUUACCCUGGGCAUCCUGCCAAGUUCUUAGCUGGCCCUGCAGAAUUUCUAAAGGAAAUCAGGCCGAGGAGAGGAAAGCCAGCAGGGGGAGGCAGCAUUCCCGGUGCCCAGCUUGGUCUAGGAGGCAUUGAAAUUCCAGGGCCGAAGUCCUGAGACAAAGAUCAUAAUGAGACAGGAAGGUGGCAUAGGAAGGAGCCCAUUUGCAUGACAAUAAUUGAGCCAAGAAUAGAAAGCUAGAGGGAUGCAAGGGUGAGGCUGGCAGCUGAGCUGGGCUAAACCUCACAAAUCAGACCAUCCAGCUCUGCUCUGCCAUGGGGGCGGAGGCUAAGCCCUGUGCCAGGCUUUGGGGGAGGAAGGAGGAAGGAGCCGGACACAUCCCCAGGGGAUUGUGGGAACACUGGCCAAGCUGGACUUUGCCUUCCUGCUCUCCCUGCAGCCUGGUGCUGCCUUUGUUUGCCGUCUCCUCCGUGGGCUCUGUGGCCAGAGGGCUAAGUGGGCAUCAUGGGUACUCAGAAAGUUCUCUGGGAUGCCAUUGUGAUGGGGGCAGGCAUCCAGGGCUGCUUCACUGCGUACCACCUGGCCAAACACGGGAAAAGAGUCCUCCUGCUGGAGCAGUUCUUUCUUCCACACUCCCGAGGAAGCUCCCAUGGACAGAGUCGCAUAAUCCGAAAGGCCUACACUGAAGACUUCUACACUAAAAUGAUGGAUGAGAGCUACCGGAUUUGGGCCCAGCUGGAGCAGGAGACUGGAACCCAGCUGCACAGGCAGACUCAACUACUGCUGCUGGCAUUGAAGGAGAAUCCAGAACUAAAGACAAUACAGGCCACUCUGUCAAGGCACGGGAUAGAACACGAGUAUCUUUCAUCUGGAGAACUAAAGCAACGUUUCCCAAAUAUUCAGUUCACCAGGGGAGAAGUAGGGCUCUUGGACAAGUCCGGAGGUGUCCUCUAUGCUGACAAGGCCCUCAGGGUCCUCCAGGAAGCGAUUCGCCAUCUAGGAGGCACAGUGCAGGAUGGGGAGAAGGUGAUGGAGAUAAGACCCGGGCAACCAGUCACAGUGAAAACCACUUCUGGGAGCUACCAAGCCAAGAGCGUGAUCAUUACUGCAGGUCCUUGGACCAACCAGCUCCUCCGUCACCUGGGAAUUGAGUUACCUCUCCAGACACUGCGGAUCAAUGUGUGUUACUGGCGAGAGAAAGUUCCUGGGAGCUACAGUGUGUCCAAAGCCUUUCCAUGCUUCCUAAGCCUCGACCUGGCUCCCCACCACAUCUAUGGGCUACCUGCGGGAGAGUACCCAGGGCUGAUGAAGGUCUGCUAUCACCAUGGCAACAGUGUGGACCCUGAGGAGCGGGACUGCCCCACAGCCUUCUCAGACAUCCAAGAUGUCCAGAUCCUGUGCCGCUUUGUCAGAGACCACUUACCUGGCCUGAGGCCAGAGCCCGACAUCAUGGAGCAUUGCAUGUACACGAACACUCCUGAUAAGAAUUUUAUUCUCGAUCGCCACCCGAAGUAUGACAACAUUGUCAUUGGUGCUGGAUUCUCUGGGCAUGGAUUCAAGCUGUCCCCUGUUGUGGGGAAGAUUCUGUAUGAAUUAAGCAUGAAAUUAACACCGUCCUAUGAUCUGACACCUUUUCGAAUCAGCCGAUUCUCUGGCCUGGGCAAAGCCCAUCUUUGACCCCUGACCACCAGCCCCCCUUCUGUGCUCAGGAGCCCUCUGCUGGGGAGGACUUCUCAGAUGGAAGAAAGGCCCUGGGAUAUCACUUUAAACUCCUGCUUCUCUUGAAAUCCCUGCAAACACCAAGUAAUUGAGU